AUUAGUUAUUAGUUUGGCGACUAUUUUUGUGGUGCCUUCUUUCGCCAUUCUUCCAAAAAAGUUCGCGAAUUGAAUGCAUUGGAAUUUCGGGUUAUUGAACGAAUGAAUGUCGUCGAACUAUGCCACGGCCUCCAAGGCCAAUUACGCCGCCGCGCAUGAYACCGUGUCUCCCGUCGCCUCCCCGGACAACUCCGUCAAGAGCGAAAAGAAAAAACGGUUUGUUAUUCCAAAGAUCUUCAGUUCAAAGAGAACCGAGAGGCUAAAUUCGGACGAGGAAUUGUUUAAAUUAGCAGAUGGGGAAGGCAGCGAUGUUGAUCUUGGGAAAGGAAUUGCGUCAAGAAGAAAAGCUUUCAUGGAGUCAUCCCCCGUUAUCAGAAAAAGCUUCUCAGAAAGACAGACAAGUGCGGGAAUCCAAAGCUUAAACCUGUCCAACUUCGAGCCAUCGUCUAUGACACCUCCAAAUGAGAUCAAGAACUUCCGGGUUUUCGUAGCGACCUGGAAUGUGGGAGGCAAAACUCCCAACAAUGGCAUUGACCUCGAAGAUUUCCUACAAGUGGAAGGCUCCGCAGACAUUUAUGUGAUUGGGUUCCAGGAAAUAGUUCCUCUGAAUGCGGGAAACGUGCUGGUUUUGGAAGACAACGAACCCGCAGCGAAAUGGCUGGCGCUAAUAAGCCAAGCCAUAAACAAGCCGGAGAAGGGGUCCAUUUUCGGGGGUUGUGAUUAUAAAAUGUCGAAGGAUUCAAAGACGCUUUCUUUCUUCCAAAAGCCAUCACUGAAAAUGCUGAGCAGGAACCUGAGGCCGGUGGAUUGCAGUCUUCUGAAGGCGUGCAACUGCCCCAUCGAAUUGGGAUCGCGGGAGAGACGGCUGAGGAAGCUGAACGACGACCACACGGGCGAUAUGGACUCCAUAAUGUCUCCACAUGGAAGCAGCUUCAUGAUGGAUCAGUUCAUUUCCAUUUCGGAGCUGGCUUCCUCAAGAUCAGCGGAAGGGGAGAUGAUGAAGUACAAGCUCAUUUCCAGCAAGCAGAUGGUCGGCUUGUUCCUCUCGGUUUGGGCUCGUAAGGAGCUCGUCCCUCAUAUUGGUCAUCUCCGAGUCUCCACCGUCGGAAGAGGAAUAAUGGGUUGCCUCGGAAACAAGGGAUGCAUAUCAAUUAGCAUGUCAGUGCAUGAGACAAGCUUUUGCUUCGUUUGCAGCCACUUGGCAUCCGGUGAGAAGGAAGGGGACGAGCUCAAAAGAAAUGCAGAUGCAGCCGAGAUUCUCAAGAGCACGCAGUUCACCAAGAUUUGCAAGAAGCCCAAUCGGCGAGCCCCGGAGAGAAUUAUGGAUCAUGACCGGAUAAUAUGGCUCGGAGACUUGAAUUACCGGGUGUCUUUGAGCUACGAGGAUACGAGGAAUUUACUGGAGGACAAUGACUGGGACAGGAUCCUACUCAAGGAUCAGUUGAAUGUAGAGAGAGAAGCAGGGAGAGUUUUCUGUGGGUUCAGCGAAGGACGGAUCCAAUUUGCACCCACUUACAAGUAUUCCCAAAACUCGGACUCAUACGCCGGAGACACCGUCAAAUCCAAGAAAAAACGCCGAACUCCAGCAUGGUGCGAUAGAAUAUUGUGGCGGGGGAAUGGGAUGGAACAACUGUGUUACGUUCGAGGGGAAUCGAGGUUUUCGGAUCACAGGCCGGUUUGUGGAAUGUUUUCUGUAGCUGUGGAAUUGAGAAACAGAAGCAACAGGUUUAGAAAGGGAUACUCAUGUGCAGCUCCCAGGCUCCAAUUUGAGGAUUGUGUAAUACCAAAAAGGCAUAGCUUCUACGAGUUCUAAUCCCAUACUCUUUUAUAGCUUUAAAAAUUUGUAUAUUUUCUUUUUCCUUUUAGAUGAAAAAAAGGGAGAGUAAGCUAAGCUAUACCACACCCUAAUUUUCAACCAACAAUUUCAAAACAAGAUAUAGCACUUUUAGCUGCACA